AUGCCCGACGGGAACUGUAGUUCGGCGCGGGGGACGCCGAGAGCUGUAGUCCCGGACACCGCUACCCUCACCACCGUGCCGCGAGCUCGGACUCCAUUUCCCAGCAGGCAGCGCGGCGAGGCCAGGGUCCGGGCCUGGGCGCUCGGGCCUCGAGGGGCAGCGGGGACAACGAGGGGAGGCCGGCGUGAGCGGCGGGACCGGGUGGGGCCGGGGGCUGGGUCCCGGUUGGAGGUACCAGGCGUAGGCCUGCUGCCUGAGCCUGAGAUGAUGGAUGCGGCACCCAUCACGCCUGGAGAGCUGCUGUGUCUGGGCUCCAGCCUCGCCUUCUCCGGCCUCUUCUACUAUCUGUACAGGAAGAAAGCCAAAGUCAUGGCACGUAUACAGGAGGCCCCAAAGCUCCAGGUUGAUGAUGAUUUACCUGCAUUGGUAUCUGGAGCUGAUGGGAGGUGCCUGCCUUACGUUGCCCUGGAAGGCAUAGUGCUGCCAGCCAAGGCUGUGCUGACCAGCCAUUACCAUGAAGGGCUGCAGGGUGUGAUCCAGAAACUGCUUGUGAAAGAGCAUCGGCUGAUCUGGAACAGCUUGGCCCGGAGCUGGAGCGAGAGCGAGCGGGUGCUGUCAGAGCAGGUCUACACCGUCCCCUUCUUGCUGGCCUCGGCAGACACUGAGGCAGUGACACAAGUGAGUGUGGAGAGCCCACUCCGAGCUGUUUGCCUGCCGCUGGAGACAGUGUAUGAGCGGUUCCAGCAGCCAGUCCACGGCUUCCGUGACCUGCUGGGCCAGUACUUGAGCGGGGAGAAGCCCAAGGGCAUCCUGGAGACAGAGGAGAUGCUGCGGGUGGGGGCUGGGCUGACAGGCAUCGGGGAGCUGGCCCUGCACCCCGAUGGCUCCCUGCACCUUGAGCCACCAGCCCAGGCAGGUGAGUAUUUCCUGUGCCUGGGUGACUGGCAGACAGUGCUGGCAGAGCUGGAGUCAGCCAGUGGGCUGUGGAAGGGGGUGGCCAUGCUGUGUGCUGCAGCAGGCCUGGCCAUCCUCCUGCAUGCCCUGUGCCGUGCCUACCGCCGUGCCCGCCUCAAGCAGCAGCGCGAGGACAAGGAGCCAGACAAUGAGGAAACUGGGGAUGGGGGGCUCGAGGACUUCUGUGUUAUCUGCCUGACACGGCCCCGUGAAUGUGUCCUCUUGAGCUGUGGCCACAUCUGCUGCUGCUUCCGCUGCUUCCAGGCCUUGCCUGCCCGCCUCUGCCCCAUCUGCCGUGGACCCAUUGAGCGUGUGGUACCCCUCUACCAGGCCUGAAAGCACCUAGAGGGCACCCAAAGAGGGCAGCGCAAACCAAGCCAAACCUGGAGCCUGCAGAAAUCUCAGCUGUCCCUUCAUGUGCAGCUGUGUAGUUCCUGUUGGCAGGGAAGGGUCCUGGUGUGCCCCUCCAUCUGUUUUUGAGAGUGGGAGGGAGUUAUAACCCCCUCACCCUUCCAUCAUCUGCCAGAGUGACCCCACCUGAAAAUGAAGGCUUGAGGGAAACAUAGUGCUGGAGCCAAGAAGCUGAGUACUGUGCCCCACACUGAGGCAUUCCUUUGACUGGUAGCUGUUUGACCUUUUCCUGGCCCUGACCUCUUGUCAACAAAGCCACAUGGGAAUUUUCCCUUGUUUUGCUUUUCCAAGGCAUAGCUUUAUGGGAAGGACAACUGGGACAAGACCAGAGCUGGUAGGACACAGUGGGCAUGGUGGGGUGAUAGCGACGCAGCCUGUCCCCAAGCCACUGCAGUGCCACACCUUGGUGCCACUCUUGUCCUCCCUCCA